GAUGAACAACAACGUGUACUGGGGACUGCUCACAACAACGCUGAGUAUGCAGCGCUGCAGGAGAGUGUGGCUGUGCUACAGGACGAACUCAAAAAGGUCGAGAAACUGAAUCGCGAAUUGAAGAAGCAGAACAGAGCGAUGGAGAAGUCCCGAGGCAGCGCCAACAAUUCACCCGCCAUACGGAAUCUGGAGAUGCGAUCGCCCGCCAAAAGCUCACCUGUCAAACUGCUCGCUGUAGCGCAAGAGCCUUCUCACCGAUUGGCUGCGGCGCCACAACUGGACGAGGGUGUGAUAGACAGUUUGGUCGAAGCCAUCAAUCAGCUUCGCCGCGACAACUCCGAACUUCGGGCUCAAAUAGCACAAAGCACGCUAUCGUCACUGCCUCCUCUCAAGUUGAAUACACACACGUACACGCACACCAUCGACACCGGAGCCACCCCGGCCGCAGGCCUGCCUGUGUGUCGCUAUGCUGAGUUCAGGCGGGUCCGAACGGAGUGCAUCAACACACUUAAG